AUGAGCGACCAAUAUCUUACUUUAAACCGUACCAAUGAUAAGAUGCCUAUUGUUGGUUUUGGUUGUUGGAAGGUUGAAGAAAAUACUGAAGAAAUUGUUUAUACUGCUAUUAAGAAUGGUUAUCGUCUUAUUGAUGGUGCUGCUGUUUAUGAUAAUGAAGUUGGUGUUGGUCGUGGUAUUAACAGAGCUAUCAAGGAAGGUAUUGUUAGACGUGAAGAUUUGUUUGUUGUAUCCAAGUUAUGGAAUAACUAUCACAACAAGGCUCAUGUCCGUCCAGCUAUCGAAAAAACACUCGAAGAUAUGAAUUUGGAUUAUAUUGAUCUCUAUAUCGUUCAUUUCCCUGUUCCUCUUCAAUAUGUAGAUCCUGCAGUUCAAUAUCCCGGCCCUUGGAAAAUUAACGGUGAGGUUGCUCUUGAGAAAUCACCUAUGCAUGAACUCUGGCCCGAGAUGGAAAAAUUAGUUGAUGCUGGUUUAACUCGUAACAUUGGUAUUUCUAACUUUAACUGUCAACUUAUUAUGGAUUUAUUAACAUAUGCUAAAUAUAAGCCUGCUACUUUACAAAUUGAACUUCAUCCUUACUUACAACAAGAAGCACUUGUCAAGUGGGCUCAAGAACAAGGAAUCCAAGUAACAGCCUAUUCUUCAUUUGGUCCUAAUUCUUACUUUGUCUUUUCUGAAGAUGUCAAGUCUGUUCCUACAUUAUUUGAUCACGAUGUUAUCAAGUCUAUUGCUGCCAAACAUAAUAAAACACCUGCACAAGUUCUCUUGCGUUGGUCUAUUGAAAGAAAAGUGGCUGUUCUUCCCAAGAGUAUGAAUGAGGAACGUAUCAAGUCCAACUUUGAUGUUUUCUCCUUUAAGCUUGAUGAAAAGGAUCUUCAAGCAAUUAAGAAACUUGACCAAAAUCUUCGCUUUAAUUCUCUCUUCACAUAUGGCAUUAAUAUUCCUCUUUUUGAUUAA